CUCAAAAUCCUCUGUUUCUUCUCUGAAAAUCAUGGCCAUCUUUCUUGGAACUCCUAAAAACCACCAUUUCCAAUCCCAAGCUCUUAAAUUCUUCAUCUUCUCUUUAAUUCUCUUCAAAGUUCAAUCACUUUCCUUCACCUUCCCCAACUUCCAACAAAACAAUCCCAACUUCUUCUUUGAAGGCGAUAGCUUCACCAGCAAUAAUGUUAUUCAACUCACAAAGAACCAAGCGGACGGCCCCCUCACCGAAAGCUCCGGUCGAGCUUCUUACGCCCACCCUGUUCGCCUAUGGGAUGCCUCCACAGGACAGGUUACAGAUUUCACCACGCAUUUCUCCUUCAGAAUCAACACACUUAAUGAAUCUUUAUUUGGUGAUGGCAUCGCCUUCUUCAUAGUCCCUUACGAAUCGGAACUCCCCACCAACUCAACUGGGGGAUUUCUUGGAUUAUUUAGCUCGGAUUUGGCUUUUGAUCCCUCCAAGAAUCAAGUUUUUGGAGUUGAAUUUGACAGUAAACAAGAUGAUUGGGAUGCAAGUGAUAAUCAUAUAGGAAUCAAUGUGAAUUCCAUUAGAUCCAUUGAUCAUCUUAUGUGGAACAGUAGCAUGAAAGAUAACAGAACAGCCAAUGCAUGGAUUACUUACAAUUCCGCUACUAACAACUUGUCUGUGUUUCUAACUUACGUUAGAGAUCCAAUUUUUAAUGGAACUUUCAGCAUCUCAACUUUUGUUGACUUGAAAAGCUUCUUGCCUGAAAGGGUCAGAGUUGGAUUCUCCGCAGCCACAGGGAAAUGGUUUCAAAUACACAACAUAAUUUCUUGGUCUUUCAACUCAACUUUGGAUGAUAAUCUUGGUGGUGGAGACAAGAACAAAAACAUUGGUUUAGCGAUUGGGCUUGGUGUUGGGUUUGGUGUUUUGAUAUGUGGGUUGAUUUUGUUGGGAAUUUUUUGGUGGGGUAAAAAAUUGAGGAAGAGAAUGGAAGACGAUGUGGAUGAUUCUAUAGAUGAUGAAUUUGAGAAAGGAACAGGCCCAAAAAGGUUUACUUCUAGGGAAUUAACUCAAGCAACAAAGAAUUUUGACGAGGCAGGGAAGCUUGGAGAAGGAGGAUUUGGAGGUGUUUACAAGGGUUUGUUAACAGAAUCCAAUACAGAAAUAGCUGUGAAAAGGGUUUCAAGAGGAUCAAGACAAGGGAAAAAAGAGUAUAUUUCUGAAGUGAAGAUUAUUAGUCGUUUGAGGCAUAGGAAUCUUGUUCAACUCUUUGGUUGGUGUCAUGAAAAAGGUGAGUUUCUUUUGGUUUAUGAGUUUAUGCCUAAUGGUAGCUUGGAUACUCAUCUAUUUAGAGGUCAAACGAUGCUAAGUUGGCCUGUUAGAUACAAAAUAGCAAUAGGAUUGGCUUCUUCUUUGCUAUAUCUUCAUGAAGAAUGGGAACAAUGUGUUGUGCAUAGAGACAUUAAGUCCAGCAAUGUAAUGCUCGACUCAAAUUUCAACGCUAAACUCGGCGAUUUUGGCCUUGCGAGGUUUGUGGACCAUGAGCUUGGUUCACAGACGACGGUUUUGGCUGGUACUAUGGGGUAUCUUGCACCGGAGUGUGUGACGGAUGGUAAGGCUAGCAAGGAAUCAGAUGUUUAUAGUUUUGGAGUAGUGGCUCUUGAGAUUGCGUGCGGGCGGCGGCCAGUUGAGUCGAGGGCGGAGCCGGAUCAGGUGAGGCUUGUAGAGUGGGUGUGGGAGAUGUAUGGCAGAGGACAACUCUUAAAAACUGUAGACAAGAGACUGGGAAUGGAGUUUGAUGAGCAGCAAAUGGAAGCUUUGAUGGUUGUGGGAUUAUGGUGCUGCCACCCAGACUUCAAGUUGAGGCCUUCUAUAAGACAGGUGAUUAACGCUCUAAAUUUUGAAGCUUCAUUGCCCGCACUGCCAGCAAAGUUGCCUGUGCCGAUGUACUUUGCACCGCCGAUGAAUUUAUGCAAGUUCAGCUCCUACACAUCGUCGGGAACGCCGGUGGAUAGAAGUGAGUGUUCAUGUAGUAACUGUUCGACUUUCACCACGCAAUCUUCAGGAUCAAGUGUGUCGCUUUUGAAAUCCCAAAGACAUGAGUAAUAGUUUACCAAGCAUUGGAUUUUUAAGAAAUCUCUCUUUUGAUCAUUUAUGUAAAAAGAUGUUCUAAAUGGUAUUAUGUCCCGUCCCAUAUUAUUUGAUUGACUUAAUUUUUUUCGGUUUUGUUUUCUUGUGGUGGGUUGUUGUUUAUUGGUUUUA